AUGUGGAUCUUCAGGGUGAAGCGGCCGCCGGGUUCUCCGCUUGUCUUCAAGGCGCGUUACGUGGCUCGUGGCUUCAGUCAGCGGCAGGGGGUUGACUACUUUCAGACCUUCUCCCCCACCCCGAAGAUGACCACUCUUCGGGUACUGCUGCACGUUGCUGCUCACCGUGACUACGAGCUGCACUCUCUCGACUUCAGCACUGCUUUCCUCCAGGGCAGCAUGCACGAGGAGAUCUGGCUGCGCCCCCCACCUGGCUUCACUCGGUCUUUCCCUCCCGACCCGUCGCUGUUUCUGCGCACCGAUACCUCUCUGCCGCCGUUCUACAUCCUCGUGUACGUCGACGACUUGGUCUUUGCCACUGCUGACACUGCUGGACUCGCCUACGUGAAGUCCGAGCUGCAGAAGAGAAACACGUGCACUGACCUGGGUGAACUGCGCAGCUACCUUGGCUUGUAG